ACUGAUUCCAGGAGGCAAAGGUCUUUUUUACUUUUCGCAUGGGCCAUGCCGAUAUAUAGGACCAACUGCCUGCUACGUCGCGUUCAGCUUCUUAUUGCAUUGUUACACAUAUGGUUUGUACAGUCUCGCGUUCUCAUUCUGCUAUCGCUACUAUAUAUUAGUGAGACCAGUGCCAAGAGUUCGAAAUAUCGCUAAAUUACUACUCUUAACCUAUCUUCCAUCUUUCAUUCAAUUUGUAAGUGAAUCUUA